AUGCAACCACCUGGACAUAUUAUUCACUCAGACAACACAUCCUCCGCCAAAAGCUCUGAGGACUGGGAUUUGGAGGUUGUCGGAGAAGAUGAUCGAUUCGAAGAAGAUGAAAUUAGUGAUACAAAUACCAAUGAAAAAUUAGCAACGGGAAAUGGUGGGGGUGGUAGUAGAGCAUUAGUAGUUUUCGAUGAAGUUUUUAGAGAAACUCAGGCCUCGACUGCUGUUUCAGUGGAUAUAAAAGAUUAUUUAGAAAUCAUGUGGAGAACCAAAAUCCCUCCAAGGAUCCAGAUAUUUGCAUGUAGGUUGUUUCUCAAUAGACUUCUGAGUAAAGAUCAGUUGAAGAAAAGAACCAUUCUCAACAACUCAAGUGAUCUAAACUGUGUGCAGUGUCUUAUGGAAGAAGAUAAUAUAGGCCAUUUUAUGUUUGCUUGUCCCAUUUCUAUGAAGGACUCAAGAUUACUCAAUAAGAAGGUGGUCACACAUCUUUAA